UCUCUGACUUUGAGAUAUUUAAUUUAAUUUAAUUUACAGUUUGAAACGUUUUUUCACCGUUUCCCUUCAUUUCACUUCAUCUUCAUCUUCUUCUUCCUCUUUCCUUUUCUGCCGACACCUUCUAUCAUCUCAAUUCUCAAUUCUAGUUUCAACGUAAUCGCUCUUCACUGUUCAUCAUCCUCUUCAACUUUGAUUGAUGCUUCCUUCACAACGCGAAUUCCACACCACUCUCGUUCAACAAUCUCCUCCUCGACAUGUCUGGACCGCUUGAUCGCUUCGCUCUUCCCUGCUUUGAAGGAUUCUCUGGUCAUCAUGAUGAGAGGAGGGAUCGGAGAUCGGAUUAUGAAGUCUCUGAGGAUGAAAGGCGAACGAGAAUUGGAAGCCUGAAGAAGAAAGCGAUCAAUGCGUCGAGCAAGUUCAGGCAUUCGCUUAGGAAGAAGAGUAGUAGGAGGAAGAACGCGAGCCGGAGCAAUUCUGUUUCCAUUGAGGAUAUUCGGGAUGUCAAGGAGCUUCAAGCGGUGGAUGCGUUUCGACAGGCGCUCAUGUCGGAGAAUUUGUUGCCAUCAAAACAUGAUGACUAUCACAUGUUGUUGAGAUUCUUGAAAGCGAGGAAAUUCGACAUUGAGAAAGCAAAGCAAAUGUGGGCCAACAUGAUCCAAUGGAGGAAAGACUAUGGUACUGAUACAAUUAUGGAGGAUUUUGAGUUCAGUGAGUUGAAUGAAGUCCUGCAAUACUAUCCACAUGGUUAUCAUGGUGUUGAUAAGGAAGGGAGACCUGUAUAUAUUGAGAGGCUAGGCAAAGUUGAUCCCAAUAAGCUUUUGCAAGUAACUACCAUGGAAAGGUAUUUGAGAUAUCAUGUACAGGGUUUUGAGAAAACGUUUGCUGUUAAGUUCCCUGCAUGUUCUUAUGCUGCAAAGAGACACAUUGAUUCAAGUACAACCAUUCUGGAUGUUCACGGCGUGGGUUUCAAAAACCUAACCAAGUCUGCGCGGGAACUCAUCAUGCGGCUGCAGAAAAUUGACGGUGACUAUUAUCCAGAAACAUUAUGUCGAAUGUUUAUAAUCAACGCUGGUCCCGGUUUUAAGCUGCUUUGGAACACAGUGAAAUCAUUUAUUGAUCCCAAAACUUCUUCAAAGAUAAAUGUUCUCGGAAACAAGUUCCAAAAUAAAUUACUUGAAAUUAUUGAUGUGAGUGAGCUGCCAGAAUUUCUAGGUGGUAGUUGUACUUGCACAGAUCAAGGUGGUUGCAUGAGGUCAGAUAAAGGUCCGUGGCAAGAUCCAAACAUUUUAAAGAAAGUUCUUAGUGGUGAAAUACAAUGUUCUAGACAAAUAGUGACGGUUUCUAAUGAUGAGGGAACAGUGAUUGAGUGUGAUAAAGCUUAUCCAAUGACAAGAACCAGUGAUACAUCAACAGCAGAGUCAGGAUCUGAAGUUGAAGAUAUUACUUCCCCCAAAGCUAGUGUGAAUUAUACAAACCCUAGAUUGACUCCUGUCCAUGAAGAAGCAAGGUUGGCUGGUAGGGCUAGUCAUGCUGGUGGUUUCUCUGUGUAUGAUGAGUAUGUUCCCAUGGUUGACAAGACUGUUGAUGUUGGGUGGAAGGAAAAGCAUUCAACAACUCAAAACUCAUUUGGCUCAACAGAAAAAUAUCUAUCGAGGACUGGAAAGUCUGAUGGAAACUGUGCAUAUUUCUGGGCUAUUAUAGUGGGCUUCUUUGUUGCCAUUUUUACUUUUGCUCGUUCAAUAGCAUUUCGUGUGACCAAAGGAAUACAGGACUCUGAAACUGGCUCUUCCCAAAACCCGCCAAAAAUGGCUGUUGAUUCAAUAGUCAAUGAGGAAUUUCGUCCCCCAUCUCCUGCUCCCAGAUUCACAGAGGCAGAACUCCUUUCGUCUGCUUCGAAACGCCUUUGUGAGCUUGAAGAGAAGGUUGACAUACUAAAUUCAAAACCUAAUAUAAUGCCAUAUGAGAAAGAGGAACUGCUAAAUGCUGCUGUUUAUCGUGUGGAUGCUCUGGAAGCAGAAUUGAUCGCAACAAAGAAGGCAUUGUACGAAGCUUUGAUAAGACAAGAAGAGCUUCUGGCGUACAUAGAUUGUCAGGAGAGAAGGAAAUUUGAGCAGAAAAAGAAGUUUUGCUGGUGAAGAGUUUAACUGUACAGGACGGAGCAGUUCAGCGGAUUCAUGGAUUUUACUUCUUUCCUAUCUGUAUAUUUUAGCUGCCAGGAGUUUGUCUUGAUGCUGGCUUGUUCAUUCUCGGCUCGAAAUUCUUGUAUGAUAGAAUUCUAUAUAUUCGGCUACUUCUCUCUCCGUCUGCAAAUUUUAAUUUGAUGAAUUUGAUUGUUGAAUUUUAAGUUAUUGUCAAUUUGUCAUGCAUUUAUACUAUUGAUUUUAUUAAAAAAUUGUCGGAAGUAAGAGUGAUUCAUGUUUA